CUACAGAGAGUGCCUGUGGAGUAACCGCGGGAAUUGUUAGUGGGAUACCAGAUUGACGGACGCUCAGUUCCCCAAUUCGCACGAGCUGACAACGCACAAUCUAUCGUCUGCUUCUGGGUCUAUUUUUGUUGGCAGAGUGUGAAGCGGAGAGACGGUCGUCAGUUGGCUUGAGGGAUACAGAAGGUUGGAUGUGUAGUGAUUCUUGUAGGUAGGAUUGGGGACAUAAAACCAUGACGACUUUCGUCGUAGUCUUUACCAUUGGGAUUUUCCUUGGCAACAGUAUCUACGGGGCUGUGGCGCAGGAAAGAGACAAAAACGACCCUGAUGCAUUUCAAGAAGAGGCGGCCCAGAUCUACUCUACCAUCUUUCACAAGUACAAUGAAAGAGUCCGCCCACCAGAUAACUUCCCCAACCCUGUGCUGGUGACAAUCGAGGCCACGUUAUACCACAUACGAGAUCUGGACCUCAACAGGCGAGAGUUGGAGUCGCUGCUGGACAUGAAAAUCAUGUGGAAAGACAAGCGUUUAGCUUGGUACCCCUACCAGGUUCAGGAGAUCACUGCCAAUGUGAGCGCGGUUUGGUCACCUGAUAUUGUCUACACGAACGGGGCUGUCCCUCCAAGAGCAAUGUUCGCCCCCAAAGUAUCCAUCAAACACAACGGCGAAAUGACGUGGAACAGAAGAGAAGCAGUCGUCACCAUGUGCCGUACCCAGCCCGGCAAUGCCAACCAAACAUGUGAAAUUAGCCUUGGUUUCGUUUCGGCCAGUGACACAGAAAUGUUUGGAAAUGAUACAACAAUUGACCUUACCGAUGAUUUUGAAAAUCACAGAUGGGAAGUUAGCGAGCCUCUGCUUGAACGAUACUCAAACACCGAAAUUAGUUUUGUUCUUUACCUUGCUUCCAAAACCGCAAAUGGAGGUUCAAUGGGGAAUGGGAGCAAUUGCAGCUAUACUUUGAAAUAUAAAACAAACGGAAGUUCCGUUGUAAAUGCUUGGACCUCUUCAGUGCUUCUGGUAAUUGCCGCGGUCAUGUCCAUCAAGAUGAGAUUGUAAUGAAAACCUAUGUUAGUCUUUGUUGUUGCACAAAUGUGAGGGUAAUGUACGUUUGUGGCUUAAAAUAACACUGCUCGUAUUACUAGAGUACAAUAAAAUUGGGUGCAGGUCAUUAAAGACAUUUACAGACAUAUGAGUAAUCCACAGUGUCAACCAAGAAGACCUUGCUUUCAGUUGUCAUAUUUACUAAAGGACCUAAGUUUACCGUUUGCCACAUUAUUUGUCAAUUAAUUCAUUUCUUGUUCUUCAUACUCCUUAACGAUGUCACCUUUCAUAAGUAGAAUGCAGAUAAGCAUAACAAAUAACGUCAUUUUUAAAUGACAAAAUGGCCUUUGAUGUUCUAUGCAAACUAUUUAAAAGGUUAGUCCAUUAUGCUAAUGAUGAGAUCAGGACAAUUAUGUUAAUGGGGGGUGUUUGGCGUCCAUUACAACAUAAUCCAUGCAUUUAUCACUCAUCUCCAAUUAGUUUCUUAGACUUUGUAAAAAUGUAAAUUUGCUUCAUUCGUUUUAAGAUCCGUUAUGUCCAUUCCAACUUUUGAUGAACUGUUUUGUCGUACUCCGUUUCUGUUUAGCGUCUUUCCUCUUGUCAGUGCUUUUUACUUCAGUCACGAGAGCAUUGAAAAGUGCAAUCUGUGAUUGAAACAUCUUGGACGUUCUUAAAUUCUAGUGAAAUUCACAGUUCUCCACAAGAAGUAUUCAGGAUUCCCUUUGUCUUUUUCAUUAUAUACACAGCUAAUCGGUUCUGUAAAUUUCAAUUUUUUUACAAUUAGAGAAACACGUGUUUCUAUAUAUGGACUACCUCUGCUCGUGGUUCUUGUGCCUUAAGCACUGCGCAUUAGUUAAGCCACGUUAUGUUAUGCCGUAUCCGGGGUUUUAACAUUAUUUUUUUUUGCAGAUUCUAAACACCUCAGACCUGAACAAGCCGGUGUUUUUAGUUUAUAUGUUUUGCUAAAGGUCACCGAAUCGUUGUUUAUAUUAACUAAUAAAUGUGCCUUAUAUGUGGACGAUAUUGAUGUGUAUUUUGUAACAGUUUAUAACAUUUGGGUUUUUGUGCCUUUUAUCUUCAUACUUCAUACAAUAGUGUGCCUUACCUUGCUGGUUUGACUUACCCCAACUCAGAUUUAUUUAUUUCAAAAUGAUACACUUUGUAACCGAACGUACCUUACGAAAAUCAACACCUUAGUUGUUACAUGUUGCUUGAUGUAUCAUUGAUACACACAUUGUUAAUUCAUGACCUGCUUCUUGAUGAUGUCAGUUAUAUAAAUUCCUACACUCACAAGACAGAUACCUCCAGUGUCAACAGUGAAGUCAUUACUUCUAUAUCUGUAUGAGAAUAUACACACCCUGUCCAGGUAUUAUUGUUCUGAAACAGGCUAUUCAGUUGUCAAUAAAUCACGAGUGUGCAGUUUAGGAAUGUAAGUAUAACCAUCCUAAUAUAUCACCGAAUCUGCAAUGUUUAACGGUAUUUUCAUUGACGGAUAAUUACCACAGGUUUUAUACUGUGAAUGUAAAUGUUUUUGCACUUGUAUGUAGUUUGCAUUACUGCUUCUUACUGUCUGCCCAUCAUGCGAUGUACACUGUCAAUGCAAGCUGCCGGUGGGUGAGGCUGUAGCUAGCGUUAACUAUCAACUUUGUAAAUAGGGGUGCCACUAACGACAAUAAAAAGUUAAUCCAAA